UUGCAUUCGCCCUCACCAUCACUGCCCCAGCAAUAACUCCUCUCCCAUCGAUCGGAAUUCUCUCCCAUCCGCCGUUCCCCUUUCUCCUUCUCCUCUUCCUCCCAUGGCGGCUUCUUCCUCCUCCUCUCCUCAAAGAUCUCUGUGUCUUUCCCUGUAGCGCACGCUAGCUCCUCCCUGCAGCUUCCUGCAUGCAUGCGAUAUCAUGCAGGAAGUAGCAAGCUAGCUGCUCACAAGGAGAGGGAGAUCAGAGAAUUGCAGAUCGCUUUUCUUUAGAUCUUGCGACCGAUCUGCUUGCCUCUCGCUGAGUUCUUGAGUAGCUAGGUCGUCGUCGUAGCUUCUGCGUCCGCUUGCCCUAGAUCUGCUGCCGUGACAUGCCGUGCAGUGCAAGCUAAUUCUUGACCGGUACAAAUGGAAGGAACUAGCUAGAGCCGUGCAGGUGAACAAGCAGCUAGGGUUUGGGAGCUAGGCAAUCCGGUUCCGGCCCAUGACGCCGGCCAGACGCCUGCCGCCGAUGAUCGGCCGAAGCAGCGUGGCGUAUGGGUCGGCAGCCGCACUGGGUCUGACUCAGGCUGACUUGCUGGACAGCCACCAUCUGCAUCAAGCACUAAUCCAGCAGCAACUCUUCGAGCAGAUCCCGGCAACCAUGACGACGGCGGCAGCGGUGGACAGCGGCAGCGCCGACCACAUGCUUCAUAGCCGGGGCACCUCCGAUGCGCUGCUGGCGCCUGACGAGCUCGAGAGCAAGUCGUGCAGCGAGAACGUCGACGGUGGUGGUGGUGGCGGCGGCUCUGGCGAGGAGGACGACGAGCAGGAUCCCAACCAGCGUCCCCGCAAGAAGAAGCGGUACCACCGCCACACACAACACCAGAUCCAAGAGCUCGAAGCGUUCUUUAAGGAGUGCCCUCAUCCGGACGACAAGCAACGGAAGGAGCUGAGCCGGGAGCUGAGCCUGGAGCCGUUGCAGGUCAAGUUCUGGUUCCAGAACAAGCGCACACAGAUGAAGAACCAACACGAGAAGCACGAGAACUCGCAGCUGCGCGCCGACAACGACAAGCUCCGCGCGGAGAAUAUGCGGUACAAGGAGGCACUGAGCAGCGCGUCCUGCCCCAGCUGCGGCGGGCCGGCCGCGCUAGGCGAGAUGUCCUUCGACGAGCACCACCUCCGCGUCGACAACGCCCGCCUCCGCGACGAGAUCGACAGGAUAUCUGGCAUCGCGGCCAAGCACGUCGGGAAGCCUAUGGUGUCAUCCCCCUUUCUCCCGGCGGGGAUGCUCUCCGGCUCACUCGCGGCCGUCGCUGCGCGAUCCCCGCUCGACCUAGUCGGAGCCUACGGCGGCGGCGGGGACAUGUUCGGGGGCGACAUGCUGAGGAGCGUGUCCCGAGGCGGUGGCCAGAUCAUCGACGUCGACAAGCCCAUGAUCAUCGAGCUGGCCGUAGCCGCCAUGGACGAGCUCAUCCAGAUGGCGCGGCUCGACGACCCGCUCUGGAGCGCACGCCCGGGCGACGGCAUCCCGGUUGCGGCCGAGGUGCUGGACGAGGAGGAGUACGGCCGCGUGUUCCCGAGGGGGCUCGGUCCAAGGCAGUACGGACUCAAGCCGGAAGCUUCCCGUGGCUGCGCCGUCGUGAUCAUGACCCAUGGCAGCCUCGUCGAGAUCCUCAUGGACGUGAAUCAAUUCGCGACGGUGUUCUCGAGCAUCGUGUCCCGAGCUUCUACGCACGAGGUGCUGUCCACCGGCGUGGCAGGGAACUACGACGGUGCAUUGCAAGUGAUGUCAAUGGAGUUCCAAGUGCCGUCGCCAUUGGUGCCAACGCGGGAGAGCUACUUCGUGAGGUACUGCAAGCACAAUCCCGACGGGUCGUGGGCCGUGGUCGACGUCUCCCUGGACAGCCUGCGCCAGAGCCCAGUCGUGAAAUGCCGGCGCAGGCCUUCCGGCUGCAUUAUCCAAGAAUUGCCCAACGGCUACUCAAAGGUGACAUGGGUAGAGCAUGUGGAAGUGGACGACAGGUCGGUGCACAACAUCUACAAGCCUCUGGUGAACUCCGGCUUGGCGUUCGGCGCGAGGCGGUGGGUCGGCACGCUGAGCCGGCAGUGCGAGCGCCUCGCCAGCGCCAUGGCCAGCAACGUCCCCAACGGCGAUCUCGGCGUGAUCACAAGCGUGGAGGGGCGGAAGAGCAUGCUAAAGCUGGCGGAGCGGAUGGUGGCGAGCUUCUGCGGCGGCGUGACGGCGUCCGUGGCGCACCAGUGGACAACCCUGUCAGGCAGUGGCGCCGAGGACGUGCGCGUCAUGACCAGGAAGAGCGUCGACGACCCUGGGAGGCCGCCGGGGAUCGUGCUCAACGCCGCCACCUCAUUUUGGCUCCCCGUCACGCCCAGCACCGUCUUCGACUUCCUCCGCGACGAGACGUCACGCAGCGAGUGGGACAUUCUGUCCAACGGCGGCGUCGUCCAGGAAAUGGCUCACAUCGCCAACGGCCGCGACCACGGCAACUGCGUCUCCCUCCUUCGUGUCAACAGCGCCAACUCGAACCAGAGCAACAUGCUGAUCCUGCAGGAGAGCUGCACGGAUGCGUCGGGGUCCUACGUCGUGUACGCGCCGGUGGACAUUGUGGCCAUGAACGUGGUACUCAACGGCGGCGACCCGGACUACGUGGCGCUCCUGCCGUCGGGCUUCGCCAUCCUGCCCGACGGGCCGCCGCCGUCAGCAACCCAGGGGCCUGAAAACUCGACGGGGGGCGGGGGCUCCCUCCUGACGGUGGCGUUCCAGAUACUGGUGGACUCCGUCCCGACGGCGAAGCUCUCGCUGGGCUCCGUCGCCACCGUGAAUAGCCUCAUCGCCUGCACCGUGGAGCGCAUCAAGGCCGCCGUCUGCAGGGACACGGCCAGCAAUCCGCAGUAGCCACUUCAGUCAUGUACGUGCUUGCAAGGAGUAGCAAGAUUUUGGAGAUUUCUUUCAUCGAUGGGGAGUCAAGAACGCACCUCAUUCUCUGCUUGCCAUGUGGUGCUCAUACCAGCGAGGAUUAGAUUUUUGCAAGUUUCAACUCGCGGUGAAAAUGUGCCACCACUAUGCAAGGGGGGAUGGUUCGGCAUUGACUUCCACCUUCUGUUUCACAUCACCAGUUUAAUGCUACCUACUGCUGAUCAUGCUACUCGGGGUCUCUUUGUUAGGGUUGUAUUUCUUCUUUUUCCUGUUUUAUUAAGGGGCAUAAGUUAAGCCUAUCAAAUUUGAUCUGUACUUGGUAUGUUGCGUUCAGACUUCAGGCGCCAACCUAGCUAGUAGUUGCUGUUGUUGGAGGGUAGAGAUUUGGCGCCUGUUUUGGGAUUUGCAGUUUGUACGGUGUUUGAUCAUUGCAAUUUCAGUCAGAUGUGUCUGUUGUGAUCGCAA